AUGGCAAAAACAAAUGAUACUAAAAAUGAGCCCAUGGAAUUAAGAUGCAAUAUCCAACCAUGUAAAGAUUAUGAUCCAUUUGCUGAACGUGCCAGUGAACAUUCCACAACCGACAGGGAAACACUAACGCAUUUGCUGACAGCCUCCCUGGGUACAGGUAUUUUAUCCAUGCCCAUUGCUUUUAUGUACUCUGGUAUUGUAAUGGGUAUAUUUGCAACUAUAAUAACCGCCUUCGUUUGUACACACUGCAGUUAUAUAUUGGUGAAAUGUGGUCAUAAGCUGUAUUACAAAACUCGACGAUCACGAAUGAGUUUUGCCGAAAUUGCUGAAGUUUCAUUUCAAAAUGGUCCAAAAUGGUGUCGUGGUUUUGCACCAGUUGCCAAAUUUUUCGUUUUGUUUGGAUUAUUCCUAACAUACUUUGGUAUAUGUUCGGUAUAUACAGUAAUUGUGGCCAAAAAUUUCGAACAGGUCUUAAAUCACUGGACCGGAACUGAGGUUUCUCUACGGGUACUUAUCUUAUGUUUGCUCAUACCAUUUAUUUUGCUCUCAUGGAUCCCAAACUUGAAAUAUUUGGCGCUCGUCGGCAUGAUUGCUAAUUUUUUAAUGGGCUUGGGUUUGGGCAUUACUCUAUAUUAUUUGGUGCAAGAUCUACCCUCAAUCGAAACCAGAAACUACUUCCAAAUGUCAACACUGCCGGAAUUCUUUUCCAUUACCAUUUUCGCCAUUGAGGCAAUUGGUGUAAUUAUGCCUCUGGAGAAUAAUAUGGAGAAUCCACGUAAUUUUUUGGGCAUUUGGGGUGUUCUCAGUCAGGGCAUGUCUGGUGUUACAUUGAUCUACAUGAUUUUAGGUAUAAUGGGGUAUUUGCGUUAUGGCGAUGGUACCGAAGAAAGUAUUACCUUAAAUUUGCCGGUCCAUGAAUGGCCUGGCCAAGCUGUGAAGGUAUUGACUGCUUUGUCUAUAUUUUGUACGUUUGGACUUCAGUUAUAUGUUUGUAUGGAUAUUAUAUCGGGUAGUAUAAAGGAAAAAUGUACCAAGCGCCCUCUACUAGUUAACUAUAUUAUAAGAGUACCCGAUUUAACGUAA